AUGAUCAUCAAUCAAAUUCCAUUCUUCGGCCUCGCUUUGGCCUUAUUUUUCUUCGAUUUAGCUAAUUCUUCGAUUUUUGAAAAAGUAGGCAUUUCAAAAAAUCUGGCGUAUUUUAAAAUGAAAAAUUAUUUUUGACAAACAAAUCUUAUUUUCAGGCGCACAAACAGCAAUGUCAGCCAAUUCACAUUGACUCUUGUUUGGACUUGCCUUACAACAGCACCAUUGCCCCAAAAUCGAAUAUUUUUGGGGAUGAACAGAGUGUAUGUUAAAGUUAAUUUUUUACGAAAAAUGUUUCCAUGACGUAUUUUACAAUCACAAAAAAAAUUAAAACCAAAAAAAAUUUUUUGUAUUUCAAAAUUUUUCGAUUUUUCAAUUUUUUUUUUUUUUUUUUUUUUGAGAAAAAGUAUCAAAUACGUAUGUUUGAAGUGUAAAACAAGAUUUUUCAUCAAAAAAAUCAGUUUUUGCAGCCAAAAUUUGCAACGAUAAAACAAAAAAAAGUUUUUUUCUGUUUGUCUCUCCUCAUUUUCCGCACUCUCUCGUCUGCAAAAGAUUGUUGAAUAAUUAUCUGGGUCCUUUCUGAAAGGGGCUUGCUGAAAUUUUCAGAAAUUCGUAUGUGGCCUAUCAGUCUGUCGGGAAAAUAAUGUGGAUUCGUCGUGCCUUGGAAUCGCCCAUCAACGCUUUGCGACGGCUAGCCGCGGCUGGAGAUUUGGCACGCGAAUGCGAUGAGGCCAGACAUUCCGUUGCGACAAAUCCACAUUAUUUCCCCGACAGACUGAUAGAAGAUACUGGCUGUAAAAUUUGAGGAAAAUUCGGGCAUUUUACAUUGAGCAAUAAUAGCUCAACUAAAUUUUUUGACUUUUUUGACCAUUUUCUCAAAAAAUCGGGCUUUUUUGUAAAAUUUUUUUACUACGUAAUCAAUUUUAAUUAUCCUACUUUACUAUUCGUACCAAAAUUCAACUAAUUCUUCAAUAAUUUUUUUUCAGCUAAGCGAACAAGUCCGUCAUUUCAACCCACUCUUCAAAACCAAAUGCUCUUCUCACCUCAAAUUUUUGGUCUGCAGUGUUUUUGCGCCAAUGUGUCCGCCGGAAAUGCCUCAAGCGGUAACAAGUUGUCGAUCCGUCUGCGAAGAGGUAAGGGACUUUUUAGUUGAUAAUUUCUUUGAUUUUUAGGUAAAACGCGAUUGCAUGUCAAUUCUGUCCGAAUUUGAUAUCAAAUGGCCGAGUUUGUUGAAUUGCACAAACUUCCCGUUGGAGCCGGAGCUUUGCAUGAAGCCGGCGGCAGCGCCAGCCAGAGUUACCACGCAGUAAGUUGAUUUUGGACGAUUUAGAACGCUUUUUGCGGGUCAGGAAGAAAUUUGGAAAAUUGCGAAAAGUUAUGGAUAAUCUUUAGUUGAAUUUGGCCUAGAAAAAAACCAUAAGUUUUCGUGAAUUUUUAAAAAAUUUCAAGUUGUACCUGGAAGUGCUAAGAUUGUUUCUACAUACGGAAAAUGACUUAUUAUCACUCUUUAUUUGAUUACCAACGUUUUACAGAACGAUUUUAUCAUGAUUUUUGACUUUGAAAAAUCGCAAAAAUUUUUUGGACAAUUUUUUUACUUACAGAGUACCACAGGUUACACACUCCGAUUUUCUUGAAAUUUGGCACACGUGUCUUUCAUAGACCAGACAUCUAUCCCUGAAAAUUUUAGCUCGCUAAUUCCAGGGACAGCCGAGAUAUUCAGCGACUUUUCGAGAGAGUACGCAAAACGCAGAGGUCAGAGAGAAAAGGAAUUUUUGGCCAUAUCUUUGCCAGUUUCGUGAGGAAAACACUAAUUUUUUGCAGAAACGUUACACUCUACCAUAGAAAUAAGUAUGACAAUUUUCAUACUAAAAUUCGCAAAAAAAUCGGUAUUUGAAGGCCUCGAAAAUAUCCAAAUUUGAUGUCCAAACUCAAAAAUUUGCAUUUUUCAUUAUAAAAUACGAAUCAUCAAAACGUCUAUAACAUAAACAGUAAAUAAAUAAACUCCAGCUCAACACGCUCUCCAAUCUUCAACAGUCGUCCGCGUCAGAACCACAUCAAUCCCAUUCCGCAUCAACUUCCCUCUUGUCCGGCGGAUCUCCUCAAUUUGGACCCAACCGAUGCCAAUUCGAAGUGCGCCCUCCCCUGUAAUCGGCACUUUCUUUUCUCUCAAGUAAGUAGAAUGCAAUGUAAAAUACGUCAGAGGUAUACCCAACAGUCUGUCGGGAAAAUAAUGAGCACUCUGUCGCAUCGAAAAUCGCCGCCGAAAAAAUAAAUUGUGUCGCCGAAAAAUCAAAUUGCUGUUUAUUUUAGCGAUCGGCGCAGCACGUCAAGAAAAAAUAAAAGAAAAACGGGCGCCCAAUGAAAAAGCCUAGUAUUUUUUUUGGCAUUCUGCCCGGUGCAAAUCCGUUUUUGUCCAAAUGGUUUGCAAGAUUUUGACAUAAAGAUUAAUAGUAAAUCACAAGAUAUUGAUACCAAUAGAAAGCUCGAGAGUUGCUUAAGCUAAUAGAACCAAAAUAUACCCAUAACAUAGUAUUUUGACAGUCUUCCAAGGCGAAGAAAACAACGUCUAAAUAAAAUUUUGUAUCGACGAUACCGAGUCAGAGAGAACUGGAAGGGGGUAUAGGCUCCACGUCAAAAAAAUCCUUAAACUAUUCUUCGAGUAUCUACAUCGGUCUCGUCCCGCUUGAUGGGACAGUUUUUUUGAUAUUCGGCCUUGAAAUUUGCACUAUUUUUAGCCUAGCUCGAACCGUGUUCAAAAAAUGCGUCACGAUGACACCCAUUCAGAAUGUGCCAGUGGUAUAAAAAACAGUUGUAUACGACUAGUAGUACUCCCUAGAGUUCCCAUAAAAAAAAUAGGUUAAACAUUGUUGUUAUGUGCGAUUUGGAUGACAUAUUUUAUGAAUUUUUUUUCGCUGUGAGAACCUUUGCAAUGCCCGGAAUUUCUUGACGUGCGCAGCGACAUUGAGCUUAUUAUUUUCCCGACAGACCGAAUGAUAUUUGUAGCUCCAAAAUCAAGUUUAUUUUCCAGGAAAAGAGCGAAAUGGCGGAGCACUGGCUUUUGACCGGCGCCUUGGUGAAUGUGAUCGUCACUGCGUUCACAUUUUUGACGUUUAUGAUCGACCGAGACAGGUUUAGAUUCCCUGAACGGUAAGGAAUUUUCGAGCUAUGAUUUUCUGAGCCAAAUUGCCAGAGGCCUUGAAAAAUCACAGUUUUUAAAAACUUUUUGUUUGUUUUCGACCAAAAAACUUUUUUUUGAUGUAGCUUUUGGAAUUUUUGAGUAAUAAAAAUGAUUUUUGGCGGAAUAAUAACAGCUAGCAAGUAGAAUAGAAAGCCAAAUUUUUGAAUGCAAGGACCGGAUUUUUUUCAGAAUUUUGGCAUUUUUUGACUGAAAAAAAUGAAUUGGCUUUCUGCAAAGCGCGGGCUAAAAAUCUCAAAUUUUUCUUUGAAAAUUCUUUCCUUAUUUGAGCCACAACUUCAUUAGAAUCUACGCAUAGCUUUUUCAACUCGCUUAUGUAGCCCUAAGGGCAUAGAAAUCAGUUUCUUUCAACUAUACUCCCAUAUCAGGCUAUCGGAAAAAUAACAAGCGCAAUGUCGCUGCCCGUCUCUGAAAUGAAAAACAAUUUGAUUUUGCCGCGAAACAAUUCAUUUUCUUGCCAGCGACGCAAUUUUCGCUGCGACAGAGUGCUCACAAUUUUCCAGACAGACUGAUAUUUCUUCAAACCUUUCCCAAGUUUCCUACGAAAACAUUCUCUUUUCGGUCCCCCAUUACUUCCCCCUCAUAUUUCAACGGAAGGAAUCAGGCCAUUAAAGCGGCGCGAAAUAUUUCACGCUUCAGCCGGAAAAGCAAUGAAAUUCAUGGGUCAGAGGCGGUUGUGUUAGCGCCUCCAACUUCAAAGGCCGCGCGCGCUGAUAAAUGGCCGCAGCGAGCGAGGCGGCGAGGGCCAUAAAUCGUGCGGGAAUUGCGAAAAAAUUGACAUAGACUUAUUGCCGACAAGGUCCGACUGAUAAGACCGACGGGAUGUUACAAUAGACGGAAAAAGAAGGGGACAAAAUGAAUUUUUGAAUGAAAAACAAAUGAUUUUCGAAAAGAUUUGCCUUCAGAAGCAGUGAAAACUUUGAAUGACAUACAUUUCGACAUUUUCUUAUCAACAGAACCUGUCUAUAACGAGCAGCUGCAAAGUUCGCAAGGGUCAUUUUUACAAGGAAAGUAUUCCAAGUGCGACGCUCAGAUUUUUUUUAAGUUUUGCAUACACAUCGGCCAUAGGCCAAAUAUCAUUUGCUGAAAAUUUUAUAUUACGCUUUGCAAGCGCCGCUAUUCAACGAUCUUUGCCAGCGAGAGAGUACGAAAAAUGCGGAGAGCAGUCAGAAAUAAAAAGACUUUUUUGCGGUAUCUUUUCUAGUUUUAUGCGGAGAAAAUUUAUUUUUUAAAUCAUUAUUAUCUACGGCAGAAAUUGGCAAGGAACUUUUCACUAUAAAAUUUGCAAAAAAGUGUCAAAUUUUCGCCAACUUUCGACCCAGAAAUCUUAGUCGUUCCUGCAAGACGCGAGCUAUGAGUCUCGCAUAUUUUUUAUAAAAAAUUAUUCUAAAUCUGUGCCGAGCCUCAUUAAGAACUGAGCGUCGCACUUGGAGUACUGGCCCGGUAAACAGUGGUAUUUUUCUGGAAUGAUGACUUACAUAAAUUUUUUGUUGGAAUUUUUUUUUAUUUUUUUCUUCCACUAUUUUAUAAAUCACCAGAUAGCGUCAUCCGCAAGGUCAUUCGCGCGUCGGAACAAAUUAUGUGUCCCUAUAAAAAACAUGACAUCAGCUUCAACACAUUACUCAAACCCCCUCAGAAAACAUUGAACUUUCUGAAAUUUAUAGCUUUUUUAGCUAAAAAAAAACUAAAUUUUUUGUCACGUCAUCUAAAAAAUCUGAUAAGUUUCCAGAUCCGUAUUUUACAUUGCGCUUUGCUCAUUGACAUCAUCAUUGCCGUAUCUCAGCCGUUACUUUUUGACAUACGAACAGACAGGAUGCGAUCGUAUGCCGACUGGGAGACUGUUCUUGGUCCAUGAAGGCCUUGACAACACAGUGUGUGUGUUGUCGUUCCUCUUCAACUACUACUUCGGAAUGGCCGGCUGUGUUUGGUGGCUCAUGUCGACGUUUAUUUGGUGAGUGAUGAUUUGUGUUUUCUAAAGGAUACGCCCUACGAACUCCAGCGUAUUUUAAAAUUAUGUUUUUUUUUUGAGAAAUUAGAUUGAAAACGUUGGCAGACUGAUUACUCAUUGUCAGAAUAAAAUGAAAUAUCACCGUUAAGGUUUACAUACACAUACUUUUCCAUAUACGAUGAAAGCGCCGUACAACAAAACCUCUCUAUAACGAAAAAAAUUUUUAGCACUUGACUAACAGUCUGUCGGGAAAAUAAUGAGCACAAUGUCGCUUCGCCAAUCGCGUCGCUGAAGUGAAAAGCAAUUUUUUUUUCAGCGGCGAGACAAUUUUCAAUACAACAGAGUGCUCAUUAUUUUCCCGACAGACAGAUAUUACUAUUUUCAUAAAGUGCAUGGGCAUUUUCUCGCCGUCCGCACCGUUCAGAAAAAGCACCCAAUUUGCACUGUGCAUUCAUAUAUUUUUUUGUUUCGCACCGUGCAUUUGAAAUAUCGCUACGAUGCAUCUGUUUGUGUCCGUUGCGCGAUGUAGACUUUUUCCAACUGGGCCGCCUUGCAUUUGCACAGUGCAAAGGGCUUUUCUGAGGUUUGCACUGUGCGUUGGCGACAAGCGUAGGAAAAAGUUGAAAAUGCACUGUGCGGAAGGUAAAAAAUGUCCCUGCACGUUUAUCAGUCUGUCGGGAAAAUAAUGAGCACUCUGUCGCAUCGAAAAUCGCAUCGCCGCCGAGAAAAUGAAUUGUGUCGCGGCAAAAUCAAAUUGCUUUUCACUUCAGCGACGCGAUUGACGCAGCAACUUUUCGCUCAUUAUUUUCCCGACAGACUGUUAAAGUACUAAAAAGAAUUUCUGCUAGACUUUUGUUUCUGUAAAAAUUCCAAAAUUUGUCUCAAUUCCCAUGCGAAACAAAAACAAGUGGAAUUGAUGCACUCUUCCGGAGAGUCGAUUGUUUUUUUGGAUUUUUCGGGGAAAUUAGAUUAAACCGGGCCCUCUCCCGCGAUACGCAACCAUGAAGCUUUGGCCUCGAAUUCGGAUUCUAAUCGAGUUUUUGCGAAACAAAAAAUUUCUGGGCGUAAUUACUGGAAAAGAUGGCCUUGAAGCUUAUUUGAAAAAUGGGGAAUGUCAAAAAAACAAAAAAAAAAUAAUUUUUUUAAAAAACAAGUUAACUAUAGACAAAGAAAAAAACAUUAUUUUUCAGGUAUUUGUCAACGGCAAGAAAAUGGGUUCAGGAAGAAAUCGAGAAGCGGGAAGUUUACCUUCAUCUUGUGGCCUGGGGUCUCCCGGCGCUUCCAUCAAUCACAAUUUUGAUUCUUCAAAAGGUAAGAAAUGGGGUUUAA